GUCCAACUUUGCCCUGCUCUCUAAAGCACUGUCAAGGGCACCGGAUCUAGUACAGCUCCUGAAGAUGUCGGAUCGCUUCUACGUUGAGCCGAAGCCCGGAGACCUCAUAGAAAUUUCCCGUUUGGGUUACCAGCACUGGGCCAUCUAUGUCGGUUCUGGUUACGUGAUCCACCUGGCUCCUUCAAAUGACUUCAUGAAGGCCAGCACCUCCAGCAUCGCCUCCGUCGUGUCGGAAAAAGCAGUGGUGAAAAAGGAACUCCUGUGGGAAAUCGUCGGCAACGACGCCUGUCAGGUCAACAACAAAUACGAUCAGAAAGACAGGCCUCUUCCCGCUGACAAAAUCGUCCGGGAGGCGGAAGCACUCUUGGGAAAGGAAAUGCGCUACAGCUUGGCCAGCGAGAACUGUGAACAUUUCGUCACCAGGCUGCGUUAUGGCAGAGCUCGGAGCGACCAGGUGAGAGACACCUUGAUUGCCGGCACGGUGGGGCUACUUGGAGUAGGUGUCGCGGCAGUUGUGGCGACGGUGCUCGGCCUUAUAUUGCUGCCCAGCAAGCGUGACGAGGACUGAACACCUCACACUUCUGUCCCAGGCUGAGGGUCUCCCCACGCUUAGAGAAACUUCUCCUAGUUGAACGUCGCCACGCUCCUACUUUGUCCUAGAUUUCAGACUCCGAAAUACCAACGAUUCGUUUUCUCAAUUCCAAGAACAAGAU